UGGCCCUCUCCUCGCCUCUCCCCUCCCAAACGUCGGUCUUCGCCCCCACCCUGCGCGCCCAUAAGUUUUGCAGCCUCCGAGACAUGGUUUCGCCCGCGGCCGCGUCUGUCCUCCCUUGCGCCCUGCUUCUCCUUCUGCGCUCAGGUUUGGGGGUCUCCACCCCGCCCAGUGAGGAGGGGGAGGAUGUUGAGAGGACGGGGAGCCCUGCCGGACCGCGGGAGGAGUUUCCAACCGUGGUGUUCGCUAUUCUGGCUCGAAACUCCCAGCACUCUCUGCCCCAUUACCUGGGGGCCCUGGAGCGCAUGGAUUACCCCAAAGAGCGCAUCUCCAUCUGGUGUGCCACUGACCACAAUGUGGACAACACAACAGAAAUACUGCAUGAGUGGCUGACUGCUGUGGAAGGCCACUACCGGCACAUUGAGUGGAGAUCCAUAGAUGAGCCCAGCUCUUAUCCUGAUGAACACGGGCCCAAACACUGGAGCGACGCACGCUUUGAGCACGUAAUGAGGCUCAAACAGGAAGCUCUGAGCUUUGCCCGAUCUGAGCGGGCCGAUUACAUUUUGUUCACAGACACGGACAGCAUCUUGACAAAUAACCAGACUCUGAAGUUCCUCAUUGCACAAAACAAAUCUGUUGUUGCUCCUAUGCUGGACUCUCAGACCUACUACUCCAACUUCUGGUGUGGGAUUACUCCUCAGGGUUACUACCGUAGGACAGCAGACUACUUCCCCACCAAGAACAGGCAGCGGGUCGGGUGCUUUGCUGUCUCCAUGGUAUACGCCGCCUUCUUGAUUGAUCUGCGGAAGAACGACACUGCUGACCUGGCCUUUCACCCGCCCCAUCCCAGCUAUACCUGGCCAUUUGAUGACAUCAUUGUUUUUGCGUACUCCUGCCAAACUGCAGGAGCCCAGAUGUACUUGUGUAACCAGCAGCGGUUUGGAUAUAUCAAUGUCCCUGUGAAAUCUCACCAGACGCUGGAGGAUGAAAGCAUCAACUUUGUGCACCUGAUCCUGGAGGCAAUGGUGGAUGGUACCCCAAUGUUCCCCUCCAGCCAUGUCUACCUCCCACCAAAGCAUCCGACGAAAAUUGGGUUUGACGAGGUUUUCCUCAUCAACUUGGCAAGGCGCCCAGACCGUCGGCAGCGCAUGCUUAGUUCCCUCUUUGAGUUGGAGAUAGAGCCCUUGGUGAUUAACGCUGUCGAUGGAAGUGCCCUAAACAGCAGUGACAUCAAGAAACUGGGUGUGGACCUGCUUCCAGGUUAUUUUGACCCCUUUUCAGGCAGGACACUCACCAAAGGAGAGGUGGGCUGCUUCCUGAGCCACCAUCAUGUAUGGAAUGAGAUUGUUGAACGGGGUCUGGAGAAGUCUGUGGUGCUGGAAGAUGAUGUGCGGUUUGAGGCAUAUUUCAAGAAGCGAAUUUUGCGGCUGAUGGAUGAACUGGAGCAAGUACAGCUGGAUUGGGACCUGAUUUACCUGGGCCGGAAGAAAGUGAACGCUGAGGAUGAGGAGCUUGUGGAGGACGUACGAAAUCUUGUGGUGCCUGGAUAUUCCUACUGGACAUUAGCUUACAUCAUCUCACGGCGAGGGGCUCAGAAACUGAUUGAUGCACAGCCGCUCUCCAAAAUCCUCCCUGUGGAUGAAUUCCUGCCCAUCAUGUAUGACAAGCACCCCAAUGAGGAUUACAAAAAGCAUUUCAGCAACCGGGACCUGCGAGCUUUCUCUGUGCGCCCCCACCUCGCCUACCCAACCCACUACACCGGCGACGCCGAGUGGAUGAGCGACACGGAAACCUCCACCAUCUGGGACGAUGACUCACGCAAGACGGGCUGGAGCGGCUCGCAAAAGACACUGAAAGACACCCAUGGCAGCGUAGGCACUUCAGGCCACUCCUUCCGCCCAGCCUCUCGGGAUGAGCUAUAACAUCUGGCUGGUGUACCUGCUGCAGCCCAUGAGCGAGAAGACGAUGACAGAUCAAGGACUGGUUCCCCCACUCACCACCUUGUGUUAGGACACUGUGUUUGCUUGAGCUGUGUUGAACAGGGAAACGAAUGCACCGUGUGCAAAACUUGCAUCAAAGACCAGUUUGUGCUCUGCCAAUGCCUCUGGAAUUUCCCUUUUUGGAUGACGGUGGAGUUUUGGGGUGCUGCAAUAUUUGUGCUCUCCUAGCAGCAAAAGCUUCCUUCACUUAUACGAUGGUUUGGAGCUGAUAUUGGCACCAGCUGGGUGCCUUUGGCUGUUUUCCUUUCUCCACAACACACGCACACGGCACUUGCAAGAGACCUAAUUUCUGCAGCCUGCUGAGAUGUAGAUUGGUUUGUGCAGAUGUUUGCUGUCAGAACAGGCCAUUCCAACUUUUUUUAUAUAAAAAAGACUGUCCAAUUUGGAUAAAUAAUCUGCACAGCGAUUGGAGUUUUCUGCCCUGCCUGGCAUUGCCAUGGGCAUGGCUGGUAUAGAGAGACAGUGUCUUCACUGAACACCAAAGGAGGGGAGAACCUCUGGCCCUCAAGAUCUUUCUAUCAGGCCUUUGACAUCUUCCUGAAGCCACACACCCCUUCAGUCCCUUCCCUGGGUGAAAUGUGUUGUUCAGCAGGGAUAUAGUGGCCCUUGCUUACCAGGGUGGAGCAACAGGUGUGGAUGUAUAUAUGGGAAAACCUCUCAACAUUUGCAUGGUUGGAAUCUGGCUUACGGUACAAAUGGCAGAAGUUACACCUGAUGCUUCACUCACUCUUGCCUCUGCCCCCCCCCCCAGAAGGCUGCUAGUAAGUGAAUGUUUCCCCUAAGCCAGCUAGGAGACCUCAGGACUGCCUCUUUGACUUAAAACAACAACAAUUUUCACAGUAUAGCAAAAUAGAAAACACCCAUAGAAUCAAGAAGAAAGAACACUUCUCUCAGAAGAGCAAGAUAACAAAGGCUAAACAAAUGUACCUCACUAUACAUAGCUGGCCAUGUCUUGCUGGAGGAUGCAUAACUGAAAACAUUUAAGAUAGCUAGGGUUUUUUUAGCUGUACAUUCUUGGAUUGCAUGGGGUUAGACUAGUUGACCCUUGGGGUACUGUCCAGCUUUAUGGCUCUGUGGUUCCAUAUUUCUUUGAAGUUGUUUUCCAUUUGUGGUCCAUUUAGUGCUCUUAAUUGUUGGGUUUGCUUUUCCAUAAGAGCUGCUGUGCAAACCUCCCUGCUUCCAAACAGCCGACUGUAAAUUAUGCGAAGUUCUCCCGUUUUGAGUAAUCUGUUGAUCAGCUGCCACCAGCAGGGAUGGGAUUAGUUAGGACCUCCACGUUGGCUGAAAGACUGUGUGCUGCCUGUUGACUCUGGAGUUCUUCAGUUCCAGUUCUCUCUCCACUGUCAGCUUCCUCUGGCACACCAUUUCCUCAACUCUUCGUUGCAUUUCUUAAAAAAGCAAAACUAGUAAAUCAAACUGAAGGUUAAA